UCAAUUGCUGAAAUUAACUCAAAGGAGAGGUGGAAUCUGUUCAGCCUCAAAGUCUUCAAGUUUUUGUGGGUUUUGAAGAAACCCUCCAAGGAGAAGCUGCUGUCCUCGGUACAGAAAUGCUUACGAAAACAUUCAGCGUCAUCGACGGCUUACACUCUUCCACCGCCAUCACUGAACAUAUAUUCCAGGUCAAAAGACUCAGUGGUCCUGAUCUGCCAAGCUCCCGAGGGGCAUUUUGGGAUUCGGUUCAUGUUGUACAAUAAAACAGAGCAGGUGGACUCAAUGGACUUCCAGCCAGCUGCUCGGGAGGUUCAGUUUACCGUAGAGAUGAAAGGAUGGGAAUUAGGAAAACGUUACCUUUUCUGCUGUUUGUACAGAAGUCGGGAGGGAUUCUACAGCGCGUUCAGUCCAUAUUUACAACUGGAGCGACAAACAAGAGAGAUAAAACGUGGGGAGACGCUCUCUUUCCGCUGCAUGGUGCCCACUCAUCCCAACCAAUCCCAAUCACAGUCCCAGUCCCAGUCGAAGAAACCAGCGACCUUUCUGUUGCUGAGGACUGACAAGCACUCUGGGCUAACAUCCGUCAUCCCGCAGCCUCCAUCCGGUCAGGUUUCAAACUCUGAAACACAGCCAGGGGUCUUCACGCUGGGGCCAGUUUUGGGAGGAGAAGAGGGCGAGUACACCUGCCUCUACCAAAUCACCAAAAAAAGGGGAAUGAUUAAUUCAACGGUCAGCAAUGUGGUGCAAAUCACUAUUACAGACAUGCUGCCAGCGCCCACCCUUACGCUCCAGCGACAAACAGACGUGUGGCAUUUGCUUUGCUCAGGGUCUCCUGCAUACCCAGGUGGGGUGUUCUCACUCUUCCUAGCGGGUGAUGAACUUCCUGUUGCCACUCACCUGGCAAAGAUGAUGCACCAUGAAGUCAUAUUUCAAGUACCCGUGCAGGACACAGCAGUGGCUCUCUACCAGUGCCAGUACAGUGUCAUGCUAAUGAAAAUGUGGAGCCAUUCCCCAAGAAGCAUACCCCUAUCUGUAACAAGAGGUGUGGAUUGGCCUCUUGUUUUAGGCUCUGUAUCUGCGGCUGUGUUAUUCCUCUGCUCGCUGGCACUUGUGGUUGUGGUUGCACAGAGGAAAGGCAGGAGACGCAGUUCUGGACACAAGUUCAUGAUAAAGACCAUGUUGCCGACCUCACAUCUAAACGAGGAAACUUUACUUCUCAGCGUUGUCCCUUUACCUUUCUUG